AUGCAGUCGGCCGUGGAGGAGAGUCGCCCCUUCACCCAGGAGGAGGAGUCGCGACUGGGCCUCCUCCAGCAGCGCGCCGAUGGCGGGGGGAGUCUGACGGAGGCCGAGGACCGUGAGCUGUCUCAGCUGAGGCGCCGAUACCACACCUUCAUCGAGGAAGGAAAGCGGCUGCUGCGCGCAGGCGCCCGUGCACCGGCGAACGGUGGCGGCACCACAACCUUGGAGGAGGGCGAAUGGAGCACGUCGGCGACCCUCUCACGGGCGGGAAAGGCGGCCUACUUUUGGGGCUCGCUUAUGGCCACGGCGCUGCCGGGCUACGUAGGACGAGUCACUGGGGUGACGACGGACUUCUUGCACUGGAACUGGAUCACGGAGCACGUGGUGCUCGGUGCCAUCCCCGUUGUGACGCAGGUCGGCAGUAGUGGUGAUCACUUGUCGCAGCUGCGUGCUCAGCUGGACGAGCGAAACCAGACUUUGGGGCUUGUCAUCGCGUGCCUCGAGGAGGAGGAACUUAACGGGUUUGGCAUGAACGUUAUUCAGUUCGCCAAAGAGGCAGAGUGGCGCAAGCUUGUCAACCCGCAGGUGGAAUACAUGCACGUCCCCAUGGCGGACACAACGGCCAACGCACCGCUGGCGGCCGUCGCCGAGGCGGUGAAGCGCAUGGAGGCAUGCAUCAAAGAGCGUAAGCAAACCGUCUACGUGCACUGCAAAGCUGGGAAAGGCCGCAGCUGGAUGGUAACGAUGUGCUACCUCACCACCUGCGGCGGCAUGUCGUUUGCCGAGGCCGUGGAGCUCAUUCAGCAGAAGCGUGUCCAGGUGAACCCGUCGCCAUCGCAAAGGCAGUUUGCCGAGGAAUUCCCCUUCCGCUUUGCUCAGUCGAGGAGUCUCCUCGACACCAACAAGGCAGACGGUCACCAUCACAAUGGGGGGGCCCACUAUCAUCAUCCACCCGAGACGUGCCAUCACGGCACCACUGCUGCUCCGUAG